CAUAUGCAGAUAGAUCAUGAAUUAGUCUUGAAUUGUAAUUUCUCCAGCCAUGUCUUUCUUUUUAGAAAAAUCACUUCUUCUUUUCUGCCUUGUAAUUUGUUUCCAUAAUUUUCCUUUUGCUUCAUCUGCCACUUCUUUACCAGCUAUUGAAGAAGCCCUUCUGAAUUGGAAAGCCACUCUUGAUAAUCUAAGCCAAUCGUUUCUGCUAUCUUGGGAUACAAGCAAUAAUCUUUGCAAUUCCUGGGUUGGAAUUUACUGUCAGGUUUCAGGAAGGGUCACCAAUAUAAGCCUGUCAGGUUCAGGUCUGAAGGGUACCCUUCAGAAUCUCAACUUCUCGUCGUUUUCCGAUCUUAAUGAUCUUGAUCUUAGCAAUAAUUCAUUCCAUGGCAGUAUUCCUUCUGAUAUUGGUAAACUUUCAAAACUCGACAAUCUUGAAUUGUUUCUCAAUAGCUUUUCUGGUUUAAUUCCUCAAGAAAUUGGAACAUUAAGAGCCCUCACUUAUCUUGAUUUAUCAAACAAUCAACUCAGUGGCGCAAUUCCGACUUCUUUAGGGAACUUGUCGAAGCUAUCAAUUCUUUAUCUUCAUGGCAAUCAACUUUCUUCCCUGCCUCAAGAGCUUGGAAAAUUGAGCUCUAUCACUCUCCUUGCUCUGUCUCAUAACAAUUUCAAUGGUCCAAUCCCUGAUGUUAUCGGAAACCUGACUACGUUAUCGAUGCUUUAUCUCAAUAAUAACGAAUUCAACGGUUCCAUGCCCUCAGCUUUUGGAAAGCUUAGCUCUCUUACCUAUCUUGACUUGGCAUUUAACAAUCUAUUUGGUUCAAUUUCGCCAUUUAUCGGAAACUUGACUAUGGUGUCAACUAUGUUUCUUCAGGAUAAUCAACUUUCAGGAUCCAUACCAGUAGAAAUUGGAUCAAUGGCAUCCCUUACCGGCCUUGAAAUGUCAAACAAUCACCUCAGUGGCCAAAUUCCAGCUUCUAUUGGAAAAUUAAAAAAUAUAUUAUAUCUGUUUCUUUCUAACAAUCAACUUUCUGGAACUCUUCCGCCAGAGAUGAAUAACCUCACUUUCUUACAUCAACUUCAGAUAUAUAGCAACAGAUUGACAGGUCAACUACCGGAUAACGUCUGCCUUGGCGGAAAACUUCAAUAUUUCGCGGUUCUAGACAACUAUUUCACCGGCCUUAUUCCAAGAAGCUUGAGAAACUGCAGCAGUUUAGUAAGAGUUUCUCUUAAAGGAAACCAGCUGACGGGAAAUAUAUCGCAGGAUUUUGGCAUUUAUCCUCACAUGUACUAUUUGGAUUUAAGUGCUAACAGAUUUUACGGCGAGCUUUCAUGGAAAUGGGAAGAAUUUAGAAAUUUGUCAACCUUGAACAUCUCGAACAAUAAUAUCACUGGCAAUAUACCAGUUGAACUCGGAAGUGUGUCUCAAUUGCAUUCUCUUGACCUCUCAUCGAAUCAACUUACGGGAGAAAUUCCAAAAGAACUUCUCAAGUUAACUCUGUUCGAACUCUCUCUCAACGACAAUGAGCUUUCGGGAAAUAUUUCUGAAGAUAUUGGAAUGUUGUCCGGUCUUUACAAUCUUAACUUGGCAGCAAACAAUCUAAGUGGAAGAAUACCCAUACAACUUGGAGAUUGCUCAAAAUUACUGUUCUUGAAUCUUAGCAAGAACAUGUUUUCACACAAUAUUCCUUCAGAAUUUCGCAAUUUACAGUCUCUUGAAAGUCUUGACCUCAGUUACAAUUCCUUAACAAGCCAGAUACCGCAACAGAUCGGAGAGUUGCAAAGACUGGAGAUACUUAAUUUCUCCCACAAUUUGCUGUCAGGUAUUAUUCCUACUAGUUUUGAUUCUUUAUUAAGCUUGACUGUGGUCGACAUAUCAUACAAUGAAUUAAAAGGCCAAAUUCCCAACAUUAAAGCCUUUCAAGAUGCACCAUUCAACUCGCUUCGAAAUAACACCAGCCUAUGCGGUAAUAACACGUUUCUAAAGGCAUGUUCUGUUCCUGCAAACAACAAAAACAGCAGAAGGAAAUAUGGGAAAAGGGUUGUUCCCAUUGUGAUUCCUGUUUUAUGCAGUCUGUUUCUAGUUUUUGUAUUCGCCGGAGGUUUCUUAAUCCUCAAGCAACGAACUAGUACCAGAGAGGCUAAUUCAGGAGAAGAUGAGCAGGGCAUCAUGAAGAUACUGAGUAAUGAUGAAGAUCUGCAAUAUGAAAACAUUGUACAAGCUACUGAGGAUUUUGAUCAAAAGUAUUGCAUUGGGGUAGGAGGGUAUGGAACUGUUUACAAAGCUGUUCUGGCCACGGGCCGAGAGGUUGCUGUGAAGAAACUCCAUCAAUCACAUAAUAAUCUAAAAGCAUUCAGUAAUGAGAUUCGUGUGUUGAUGAAUAUACGCCAUCGGAACAUUGUCAAGUUACAUGGUUUCUGUUCGCAUCCGAAACGCUCAUUUCUGAUUUACAAGUUGAUAGAAAGAGGAAGUUUAAGAAAUGUAUUGAGCAAUGAAGAAGAAGCAAUAGAGUUUGAUUGGAACAAGAGACUAAAUGCGGUUAAAGGAAUAGCUAACGCAUUAUGUUAUAUGCAUAACGACUGUUCUCCUCCGGUUAUUCAUCGAGACAUUUCGAGCAAUAAUGUUCUUUUGGAUUCAGAUUUCGAGGCCUAUGUCUCUGAUUUUGGAACAGCUAGGAUCUUGAUGCCUGAUUCCUCUAAUUGGACCUCAUUUGCAGGCACGUUUGGGUAUACUGCUCCAGAGUUAGCAUACACGAUGGUAGUCAACGAAAAGUGCGACGUCUACAGUUUUGGAGUAGUAACACUCGAAAUAAUAAUGGGAAAGCAUCCGGGUGAUCUCAUCUCAUCUCUUUCGUUGCGGUCACCUUCUUCAACUUCAUCGUCUUCAUCGAUUGUUCAUGAUUCACUAUUGAAGGAUGUAAUCGACCAACGCUUACAAAUUCCUCAAAAUAAAUCAGCUCUAGGUAUUGCAAAUACCGCACAAGUUGCACUUGCAUGCUUGUGCUCCAAUUCUGAAUUCCGACCAACAAUGAGGCAAGUUUGUAAUAAGUUGGCUACACGGCAUCUAUUGACAAAACCAUUGUCCGAAACAAAAUUUGGAGACUUGUUUGGUACAUAAAAUUGCCGAUGACUAAGCCUU